GCGGGGCGAAGCGGAACCGGAAGUGCGAGAAGGAACGGGCGGAAGGGAGGGAGGAGCCUCCUGGCACUGGAUUGAAGGCGCGGGGCGUCUCUUCCCUUUGCCUCGCUUUGUGGGAAUUCCAGAAUGGCUUCUACUAAUGACGUGGUUCAGAAUUAUCAAAGUAUGUUUGCUUAUCGAUACACUACAGAGGAUAAAGAAUACCAAAAAUACCUCCAGAGUUCUGCCAAUCCACCUCCUAUAAUUGAAGACUGGAUGAACAGAGAACCAAGUGCACCCUCUGUGUCGGAGAUCCUCCAGAAUUACGAAAAUAAGUUUGCCCAUCGAUUCACUUCCGAAGAUGAGGAGUACCAGAAGUAUGUUCAACGCCCUGCUGAUCCGCCUCCCUUACUAGAAGACUGGCGAAAUAGAUCGGGUGGUAACCAGCGUUACAGAGAUCGAUUCAGAGACAGCCGGCAAUUCCGAAACAGGGGACCCCGAUACGACCACCCGGGAGGCUACAGGUCCGAGCAGUGGCACGAGAAAGGCUACGGCACUAGAUAUCAGCCGCACCAAUACGGACAGUCGUCCUAUCCUCAACAUGGCUGGCCGCAGCGCGGCUACGGAUCCUAUUUCCAGGAGCCGCGAUAUGGCCGCUACUAGCACGCCAGCCGGCCUUGGCAUUUCAGUGUAACCGAGCGCAGCUCUCAGGGGUUCCAAAGAGGAACCUUCAUUUUAUUGUAUUUCAGACGUUUCAUACAUCACGUAGAAAUAUUUUGUGUAUUUAUAUGCAAUGGGUUCAACCCCAAAGACAAGAGGUGGUGAUGUUGGAAGGGAGCAGGUAAGCUGUGAGUUUGUUGCUCUGCUGUUUUUUUAAUCUUGACGUCUAUAAUUUGCUAAAAAGGAAACUGGGGGCCGUUAGGAGCAUCUGAUUUUGGCCAAGAGGAGUUGAUCUUUCUCCUGACUUAUGCAGUGUUGUUACCAAUGAGGAACACUAUGAGGAAUAUCAGUAAUAUGU